AUGGCUCAUUCUACUCCGAAAGGGAAAAUUAUUGCGGUGAUUGGCGAUGAAGAUACUGUGGUCGGAUUUCUGCUUGGCGGAAUAGGUGAACUCAAUAAGGCUCGCCGACCAAAUUAUUUAAUUGUGGAUAAAAAUACAACAGUUAAUGAAAUAGAGGAAACAUUCAAAGAUUUUUGUUCGCGUAGUGAUAUUGCGAUAAUUCUGAUCAAUCAACACAUUGCUGAACAAAUACGUUUUGCUGUUGACGAAUAUACCGCUAGUAUACCGGCGGUAUUGGAAAUUCCAUCGAAGGAUGCUCCUUACGACCCAUCUAAGGACAGCAUAAUGAGCAGAGCCAGAGGAUUGUUCAACCCAGAUGAUUUCCGUUGA